AUGUUUCUUUUGUUCGAUGUUGCCGCUUCCACAUCUAUCUAUCUAUCUAUCUAUCUAUCUAUCUAUCUAUCUAUCUAUCUCAGUCUGUUCAGAUCUAUCUAUCUAGCUAUCUAUCUGUCUAUCUGUUUUAGACUGUUCAGAACUAUCUAUCCCUGUUCAUAUCUAUCUAUCUAUCUAUCUAUCGAUCUAUCUAUCUAUCUAUCGAUCGAUCUAUCUAUCUAUCUAUCGCAAUCUGUACAGAUAUAUCUAUCUAUCGAUCUAUCUAUCUAUCUCAGUCUGUUCAGAUCUAUUUAUCUAGCUAUCUAUCUGACUAUCUGUCUAUCUGUAUCAAUAUAUCACUUCAUAUCUAUCUAUCUAUCUAUCUCUGUUCGUAGCUAUCUAUCACAAUCUGUUCAGAUAUAUCUAUCUAUCGAUCUAUCUAUCUCAAACUAUCUAUCUAUCUAUCUAUCUAUCUAUCUAUCUAUCUAUCUAUCUAUCUAUCUAUCUAUCUCAGUCUCUUCAUAUCUAUCUAUCUAUCUAUAUCUGUCUAUCUAUCUGUCUCAGUCUGUUCAGAUCUAUCUAUCACUGUUCAUAUCUAUCUAUCUCAGUCUCUUCAUAUCUAUCUAUGUAGAUAGCUAUCUGUCUGUCUGUUUUUCUAAGUCUGUUCAGAUUAACCACUGUUCAUAUCUAUCUAUUCUAUCUAUCUAUCUAUCUAUCUAUCUCAGUCUUUUCAGAUUUAUCUAUCUAUCUAUCUAA